AAGUUCCACGUGAAAAACUCAGCAAUUACACCAAACUGAGGGGAAUUCAGAGAGAAUAGCUAGUGGUUUGCAACAAUGAGGAUGAGAAGGAAGUCUACAGGGCAGCGUGGGCAGAAUGAUUUUUACCUGGAGCAUUGUUUUGAUCUCUUUCAGGUGGAAAGGAGAGGGAAAAUGAAGAAGAAAGCAAGAGUCCGCAUUAAGCCACACAUCAAUGUUGGCAGCGACUUUCAGGCUGAGCUCCCUGAGCUGCAGGCCAGACCCCCAACUGAGGAUGAAGAACACGCAUCCCUGGUCUGGAAGCCGUGGGAGGACACUGAUUCUGUCAUGGAAACACAUGACAGAGGUAUCUGCAUGCUUUUUUCCCACCCCUGAGAUACUUGGGUUUGAAAACUCAUUUUUUUGGUAAAAAAGAAGCUUCCUGCAUGCUUCGCUGCUCUUCUUGUCUCUCCCAUCUUCCCACAUUGUAGUAUUAGAGGGAAGGAGAUUGCUCACUUUUAGUAGACCAGCAAAAAGAACAACUUUUAUGUUCAAGGGCAUUUUUCACUGGCCAACAA